CUUACAAGUAGAUUUUAUCUUAAUUUGUGUGAUAAACAAAUCAAGAGUGUAAAGUGGGAAAAUAUUUUUCGACCGAAAAAAAAAUCUCAACAUUUUUUUUCUUACAAUGGAAAAUAUAAUAUCAAAAAAGCGUUCCUCUCCGGAAUAUAUCUUUCACUCAGGACAAAUAAAGCAAGAAUUUCCUGUGGACGGUUACGAUAUUUAUGACGAGGAUGACGAAGCAAUACGCGGCCAAAAGCGCGGUGUCUCCAAAGGAAGUAGCGACGGAUUCCAGAGUAUGUCGUCCCCGGAAAGUACAGAUGACAACCUGCCAAAUAAAAAAGCCAAGAAAAAAUCGCUAUCUUUUGAAGAAAUUCAGACCCAACGUGUUCUUGCUAAUGUCAGAGAAAGACAAAGAACACAGUCCUUAAACGAAGCUUUUGCGCAGCUGAGACAAAUUAUCCCAACACUUCCAUCCGAUAAGUUGAGCAAAAUCCAGACUCUGAAACUAGCCACUCGAUACAUAGAUUUCCUAUAUAACGUCCUCCGCAACGAAGAGCUUGUUGAGCCGUUUGGGACUGCAGGGAAGCUGGCUAGCUGUAACUAUGUGGCCAAUGAGAGGCUGAGCUAUGCGUUCUCUGUGUGGAGAAUGGAGGGAAAUUGGGCCGUGCCCUCAGAUUGAACCAACGCACAGUCCUGUACCUAGAGUAGGAACACUUAUGAUACUGAUUCAUCUCGCCAAGGGGAAGUGGAGCUGUAAAGAGACUAUAAACGGAGCGCCUUAACAACAAAGGGAUGUGUCAGCAGACCUUCCAGGAACUUGAAAGUCGGUUCCAACAUGAAAGAGUUGUGCAUUCUAAUCAUCUUGGUGUGGGGAAUAUUUUUCUUAAGUUGCUGAAUUAGUUUCGCGCAAAAUAACGAAAGGAGCCUAGAUUCGGAGGAAUAAACUGUCAAGACUUGCUCUGUAUAACAUAUAUACUGACAUAUAUAUGUAUACUGUAUCUAUGAAUGAAAAUGACAAUACAUUGUAUUAUGAUUUUAACAUUCCUUCAAUUGUAAACAUUCUUCUUUUUCUAACUUGUAGAAAUUGCUAAACUUGUAAAAAAAAAUUAGUUUAAAUUAAUAAUAAAAUCAUGAAAACCUU